AAGUGCACGCGCGGAGGACGAGUAGAAUGGAGAGAAAGGGGGGGAAGCAAGCACGCCGUUGCUAUGGCGACCGUUACUUCCUGUAUCCACCGUUGCUAUGGCCACCGCCGCUUUUCGCCCUGGGCGGAAGAGGACGCGGGUGCGUGGGCGGGGCCAGCUUCCGGCGCGGCUUCCCCACUCCCCCCGUCUCUGUGUGUCUUCUCAUCCAAGGCGGUGGCAAAAGGGGCUGGCCUUGUCCGGUUACGGCGGCCGGGCGGGGCCAGCCGGCGCCCGAAGCGACAGCGCCGCCGCUGGAAGAAAGGAAGGAAGGACGGCGUCUCUGGAGCCCCCUUCUGCUUCCGUCCGUCUCUGUGCAGCGUGCGCCAGCCCCGGCCGGCCCGGGCAAGAUGCUGGAAGCGGCUGGGCCGGAGCUGGACUCGGAGGACCUGGUGCACUUCUCGGUGGGGGACCUGCCCAGCCGGGGCUACGGGGUGAUGGGCGAGAUCCGGCGGCAGGGCAAGCUCUGCGACGUCACCCUCAAGGUUGGGGACCACAAAUUCAGCGCCCACCGGAUUGUCUUGGCAGCCUCCAUCCCUUACUUCCAUGCCAUGUUUACAAAUGACAUGAUGGAAUGCAAGCAAGAUGAAAUUGUCAUGCAGGGCAUGGACCCAAGCGCACUGGAAGCUCUGAUCAACUUUGCCUACAAUGGCCACUUGGCCAUCGACCAGCAGAAUGUCCAGUCCUUGUUGAUGGGAGCAAGCUUCCUACAGCUGCAGAACAUCAAGGAUGCCUGUUGUUCUUUCCUCAGAGAGAGGCUUCACCCAAAAAACUGCCUGGGCGUGCGCCAGUUUGCCGAAACCAUGAUGUGUGCCGUACUCUACGAUGCUGCCAACAGCUUCAUUCACCAGCACUUUGUGGAGGUGUCCAUGUCUGAGGAGUUCCUGGCUCUGCCCUUUGAAGAUGUCUUGGAGCUGGUCUCAAGAGAUGAGCUUAAUGUUAAGUUAGAGGAGCAGGUCUUCGAAGCCGCUUUGGCCUGGGUGAGGUACGACCGUGAGCAUCGAGAGCCCUUCUUGCCGGAGCUCCUCUCUAAGAUCCGCCUGCCUCUUUGCCGACCUCAGUUCCUCACGGACCGCGUGCAACAGGACGACCUCGUCCGCUGCUGCCACAAGUGCAGGGACCUUGUGGAUGAAGCAAAGGACUACCACCUCAUGCCAGAGCGCCAGCCGCACCUCCCGUCUUCCAAAACCCGCCCCCGCUGCUGCACCUCCAUUGCAGGCCUGAUCUAUGCCGUGGGGGGGCUCAACUUGGCAGCAAAUUUCUAUGCAGGUGACUCUCUGAAUGUGGUGGAAGUCUUCGACCCCAUUGCCAACCACUGGGAGAAGUGCCAGCCAAUGACGACGGCUCGCAGCCGGGUGGGCGUUGCUGUGCUGAACGGGCUCUUGUACGCCAUUGGUGGAUAUGAUGGGCAGCUGAGACUGAGCACAGUGGAAGUUUACAACCCUGAGACGGAUUCUUGGUCCAAAGUGGGAAGCAUGAACAGCAAACGUAGUGCCAUGGGAACAGUGGUGCUGGAUGGGCAGAUCUACGUGUGUGGUGGGUACGAUGGCACCUCCUCCCUUAACUCCGUGGAAGCCUAUUCGCCUGAGACAGACAAGUGGGCAGUGGUGACCCCAAUGAGUUCCAACCGCAGUGCAGCCGGCGUUACUGUAUUUGAAGGCAGGAUAUUUGUCUCUGGUGGGCACGAUGGAUUGCAGAUCUUCAACAGUGUAGAAUACUACAACCACCACACUGCUUCAUGGCACAGUGUGGCCAGCAUGCUCAACAAGCGUUGUCGGCACGGAGCCGCCUCCCUGUGCAGCAAGAUGUUCGUCUGUGGCGGCUACGACGGCUCUGGCUUCCUCAGCAUUGCUGAAGUGUACAACUCCAUGGCAGACCAGUGGUACCUGAUAGUCCCCAUGAAUACCCGGCGCAGCCGCGUCUCCCUUGUGGCAAACUGUGGCCGUUUGUAUGCUGUGGGAGGCUACGAUGGACAGUCCAACCUGAGCUCAGUAGAAAUGUACGACCCUGAAACCAACCGCUGGACGUUUAUGGCCCCGAUGGUGUGUCACGAGGGAGGGGUUGGGGUGGGAUGCAUACCGCUCCUGACUAUCUGAGGGCAGGGGGUUUUUUUGGGGAGGAGGAAGGGAAGAGGUAUGGUGUGCAUUUCAUGCAAGCCAUAACUUCAGAAUCGAAGAGCCCGUCUUGAAAGGACAAUCUACGGAGAGAGUCUAGUUCUAUCAAGAGAGGUACGUCAUUUCUAGGUGCUUGGGGCAUGAGUUGGAAAACCACAAACGGCUCACUAAACAGAACCAUGUGACUGUUGAGGUCCCACAGUGCUGCAGAAGUUUGGAGUUCCUAGGCCGUACGAGUGAAGUCUGCCAGCCUCCGUGUCCCAUGCCCUGCCAAACUUCUACUUUCUUUAAUUCAGUUCCCCUUCUGCUCCUUUGCUGAUGCUGCCUCGGUCCACAUGGGAUGAUGUCAUGGGUCUAGGUUUGUUAGGACAAUUGGGCUUUUCCUAGAAGAAAUGGUACCUCUAUUCUUGUAAAAAGGGGGUUCCUUUCUCUUCUAGGGUGAAAACACUCCAGGAACAAGGAAAACACCCAUCUCUGUUUCGUGUUCAGCACAGAGGGGUGAUUACACACACACACUUAUAUGGGUGAUUUUAUACAUUCUUAGUUUAUUUAUUUUAUUUAGACAGUUUGUAUACCUCUUCAAACAUCUCCAAGCAAAAUGAAGAAUUCCUGUGUUUCAGCAAACGGAGGAGAGAGUCAAAGAGAGUCUGCCCCUUCCUUCGCCUCACAACUAGGGGGAGUGGGUUCCUUUCUCUUCUAGGGUGAAAACACUCCAGCCACAAGGAAAACACCCAUCUCUGUUUCGUGUUCAGCACAGAGGGGUGAUUACACACAGAGGGGUGAUUACACACACCAGGGCUGGCUCCAGGAAUGCCGGGGCCCAUAGGUGUCAGCUUGCCGUGGCCCCCGCACAUGCACGCACGUGGCCCCCCCACGGCCCCCAUCUACCUGUCUGCUGUCUUUUACCAUUGCCCUUAACGAAGAUGGCGGCUGCAGUUUUCCUAAGGGGAUGACACCUCUGCUGCCAUCCUAGUUGAUGGCAUGCGUGCGUGCUAUGCAUGCACAUCUCUGCCAUCAACUAAGAUGGCGGCAGGGGCUUCAGUACCUUAGGGAAACCGCGGCCGCCAUCUUCAUUAAGGGCAAUGGUAAAAGACAGCAGACAGGUGGGGGGAGCGCGGAUCAUAGAAGGGGAGGGGCGGCUGAGGGGCCCCCUGUAGCUUCAGGGGCCAUCAGGCCAGUGCCCCACCUGGCUGCCCUUUAGAACCGGCCCUGACACACACACUGAUAUAUAUGAGUGAUUUUAUACAUUCUUAGUUUAUUUAUUUUAUUUAGACAGCUUGUAUACCGUUUCACUACAAACAUCUCCAAGCAAAAUGAAGAAUUCCUGUGUUUCAGCAAAGAGGGAGGAGAGAGUCAAAGAGAGUCUGCCCCUUCCUUCACCUCACAGCUAGGGGGAGUGGGUGCACAUGCAACACUCCAUUUGAUUGGUAGAGUCCUCAUUUGCUUCAGAGGCAGAGAUAGUUCCCUCUUGCACUCUGGUUGCAUGCAAAGAAGAAGGUGUCAUGUCUUCAGAAAUAAAAAGAUAGGACCCAGCCAAGGGUUCACUGCCUUUUGUCGCCAAUCCACUGUUGAGAAUGUCAUGCCUUCAUAGGGGUCAGGCUUACAUCCAUGAAUUUCUGGAGUAUUGAAUUUCACGUGUCUCUUGCAGAGGGGUUGGCUGUGUGACUCCAAAGCAAACCAUUAACGUGGGGUGUUCAGGACAAGAGGGUGCAUCCUGCAUCUGGAGAACUUCAGAACAGACACCAGGCUGCGUGCCAUUGGAAGAGCCAUAACUAGCUUGGUGGUGUCAACACAUCCGUACAAUUUUCUGGAAACUAGAUAUGGGAGCUGGGAAUUGUCACUCUCACAAAAUUGUCCCUACAGUGCCUGUGGUUGUAAUUCACUCAAAAUCUCUGUCUCAGUGUUGGAAAUGUUUGUUUUAAACAGGAAGUGAGGGAAGACUCUUCCACAAAAAACAAGGCUUAUCCCUGCACACCAAAAAGCCUUAAGUGAAAAGCGUAUCUGAUUUCGGAUUAAGUGGCGAUGGGGAAGAAAUGUCAUUUUCUUCUGGGCAUAUUUACUGCAGGUUGUUUGGGGUUUUAAAGUUCUUACAUGGUGCCCUUCUCUGCCAGCUGUGGAGUCUGUUUUGACAGCUGCCAUUGAACGUCUGCUUUUGCUCUGGCGAGUUCAAAUGCCAAGUUUUACUAUAGCUAGAAGUUAACGAAUUUGUGAGCAAGAGCUUGAAACAUUCAGGGCCAACCCUAUGUCUGUCCUUGUGUGUUCUCUUGUUUGUUUUCAGCAGUCUAAAGACAAGCCACCUGUGGUGGUGCUUCCCAUUUUUUAACUCCCCACCCCUUUAAAUUGCUCAGCCUUUUCUCAAUACAGUGACAACUUAGUUUUCAGCCUGGCCGCUCUCCUUGCUGAAGAUCUGGCUGCUGCUUCUCUUUCCACCAUCUCUACUUAAACGCUAUCAGGCUGCCAAACUUCAAGCCGAAAAGAGGUGUGCCCUCCUCCCAACAAACUGGUCGCUUCAAAGCCAAAUUGAGUGGGUGAUUACAAAAUAAAACAACCCACUGAAGUUUAACACCCUGCAGGGUCAGUUUUACUAUUUUUUUCUCUAACCCUUUUCUGUCUGAAUAUCCACCACUUCAGCUUUGCACAAAGAUCAAAAGGCCAGAUUUCCCCCCCCCCUUUGGACCACCCCUCCCUUUUUGAAGUUAAAAUGGCUGUGCCCCUGCGUUAGAUUGCUUUUACAUGUCUGUUGGGGCAUCUUCAGUUUCUAAAGAUAACGAAUGGCUCUUGCUAUGCACUCUCUUGUUUGGGAAAGAGAUUCCAGCAUUUAAUCUUGAAACGAGACAUUUCGGGCAAGAGGACCCAGAGAACCGUAUUAAAUUGCAUAGCCCUUUCUUGAAGUCUUGCAUUUCAGAGAGCCUUGUAUAAUGUUGCAGACAAGGUUUCUGCUAGUCUCUUUAGACGGAGGGAGCAUUGGAGGCACAUAGACGUGUUCAUUGUUUUGCCUUGGUUUUAAGGUUAGUUUCAGUGUUGAGUUGAAGAGGUGGGACAUGCUUGCGUCUUACCACAACCACCACCAAAACUCAGCUGGUGCUUCCCUGAAGCCUGCGCAGGAGCAUGAAGGGUAAGUAGGAGUUUCUGAACACGUCAUGGAUCUGUGCAGAGGAGCUGCAGCCAGUCAAGGCGCCUUGGGACCGUGUGUGUGGCCUGUUCCUCACAUGGUCUUGGGACACAUGGAAAAACCUGCUUAGCAUUAUUGUAGCCUUCCCCUGCACGGUGCUCUCCAGCUGGAUGGGGCUGAUGGUCACUGCAGUCCAUAGCAGCAGGAGAGUGCUAUGUUAGGGAAGGCCUGCAGUGUGAAAUGGUUCAGAAAGCUCAAAAUUGGGGUAAGUAGUUGGUUGCAGUGGCAUACCUGGUCAUCUUGCUUCCCUGGAGUAUCUGUUAAUCUCCAGCGCAAUUUUGAAUGGCUUUAUGUUGGGUUUUUUUUAAAAAAACUUAAAAUAAUAUAUAAGAGGGACUGCAGGUUUGGCCAUAGAAGGGGGUUGUCCUGAGUGAGCAUUGUAUAUAUAUAUUGGGUGGAUGUGCUUUGAAUUUCCACUACCUGUGGUCGUCUGCAUGCUCUUCAUUUUAAGAACAGCCGUGUGAAUUUUCGUACCACUGGAACAAAAACAUUUUAGUCUCCAGGCACAAACUCAAAUGAUGAUGAGAGUCCCAAAUCGAGAAGAUGCUUCUGACCAUACCAGUGAGCCUUUCUGUACCAGUGUAGCAAGCCCACCAAUUUGCAUCAAUGUGAAAUCAUGUACUAAAAAAAAGGUGUCUGUUUCUGUGGUGGCUGGUGAAAUCUGAGGAAGAGAAAAGGGUAGGUAAUGAUAUCUCUGUUCUCCUUAGUCCAAAUAUAUUUAACUUGAAAGAAAAUUCUCAACUGGUUGGUCAUUCUUUCCCUUUUGUCUUCAGCGUAACUUGCCUUUCCCAAUGAGACCUCCACGAGCCAAUUCAUCAAAAUCCUUACAUCGUGUAAUUUCUGUGGCUCAGGAGGUUGCUGUAGAAUUAAAACGGCUGUAGUUUGCACACUAGUUCUUCCAUAACUCCAGGCAAAUAAGCAGUCAAGUCCACUGUGUAUAUAUUCAGCUAAUUGUGGAAGUUCCUCUGUGUGGCACAGUGCCCCUUGGCCAAAAUGGGUUUAUCACUGCCAUGCAUACUUGAUACAGAGAAUUCUUGUCCUUGUGAGUAUCAUUCCUAGAUUGAGUAUUUAUUCCCAGACUGGAGAGCCUUCAA